GCGGGCAGCGCGGAGCGGGCGGCGGGAAGGCAGCGGUGUCCGGCGACCCGCCGCCCGGCUCAGUCCCCGAAAGACCCUGGCUCCGGACGCCCGCUGAGGCCAGGGGGAACCGGGGACUGCGCAGGCGAGCAUCCGCCGCCCGACUCCACCGUGAGCUGUCCGAGGUGAGCCCCGGAGGAGGGCGCGCCCACCGGAGGAGGUCCAGCCCCGUGCACUCCACACCAAGCUCACUUGUGUCUGGAGCCGCGGACGUAGCAGGAGGCGUCGGCCCGGAGCCAGCGCGGACAACGAGGCGAUCUGUCCCGGAGGGCGCGGGGGAGCCGGGCAGAGCGGCCGCGCGCCGAGCAAUGAGCGGGGCGCAAUAGCAGAAGGCGCGGGCUGCAUGGAGCGCGCUGGGACGCGGGGACAGCGCGGUGGCCGGCGCCUGCAUGGACUCCCGCUCGCAUUCCGGCUGGCGCUGCUGCUGGCUGGGUCGCCGUCGGGCCGCGCUGGGGCUCCAGAGACGCAGGAGCCCGCAGCGUCCGGCACCGUGGCCCCGGAGGGAGGCGACCGCUGCCGGGGCUACUACGACGUGAUGGGCCAGUGGGACCCGCCCUUCAACUGCAGCUCGGGUGUCUACAGCUUCUGCUGCGGCACGUGCGGCUACCGCUUCUGCUGCCACGACGGCCCGCGCCGCCUGGACCAGAGCCGCUGUUCUAACUACGACACGCCAGCCUGGGUGCAGACUGGCCGGCCGCCCGCCCGUGCCCGUGACACUGCCGCCCCGCGCGAUCCCGCCCGCGAGCGCAGCCACACUGCGGUCUACGCGGUGUGCGGUGUCGCCGCGCUACUCGUGCUGGUUGGCAUCGGGGCACGCCUGGGCCUGGAGAGAGCGCACAGCCCGCGCGCUCGGCGCACGGUGACCAGGACACUGACAGAACUUCUCAAACAGCCAAGCCCCCAGGAACCACUGCCUCCACCUCUGGGCCCACCCCUGGGUAACUGUGUCCAGGUCCAAAUGGGUGAUGGUAUUCUUCGGGGUUCCCCCCACAACAGCACAGACAAGAAACGCCUCAAUAACGCGCCUCUGGGAUCUGCCACCCCGGGACCCCCGCGCGGCCCCCGGCUGCAGGGUGGUGGCAGCCUGACGUUGCAGCCCGAUUACACCAAGUUCGCUACUCUCAAAGCAGCAGCCCUGAAGGCCACAGAGGCUGCACCCCAGGACUUCUAUCAACGUUUUCCCUCUACCGAGCCGGCCCCACGAACCCUUCCAGCGCGGGGCCCGCGUAACCCGGAGGACUUGCCUGCGCUGCUCGAAGCCUGUCCCUGGGCCCCUCCGGGUUACGUACCUCCCACCGGCCCUGUCGCAUCGGUCCCCUAUGCAGCCUGGACCGCGGGCCGCCCCUCUCGGCCGGUCCCCCGUGGCCACCUGGUGGCUCACGUCUCUCCUGCACCCCGGCGGCCCAGCCACGUGCCACGGCGUCAGUUCAGCGUGGAGAAGUUGCCCGAGGCCUUCAGCACACAGCCUACCACCUUUUACAGCAGCGCUGGCAGAGGGCCCCGGCACCUAAGCACCAACAGCAAAGCUGAAGUCACUGUCUGAAAUGGAACCACUGGAGCCUUCUGUGGGGUCUGGGGCCCCAGGUCGUGGAGUGGCAGUGCUGGCUUCGAUCCACACGGGACUGGGGACAUUUGGAGCCUGUGGCUAAGGGGCCAAAAGGGUAGGGCCAUGUGUUCUGUCCUUGGGAAUGCAGGGCUAUCCUUACCUGUGUAAAUAAACCCUCUAAUGUGGUUCCUGUCUCAAUGGGAUCGUCAGUCAUUGACUGUACAUGACAGCAGUGCAAGCCCGAGAAAAGUGGCCAGAGAGGAUGGCUGGAUUAAUGCCAAACAUUGCUCAGAGCAGAGCAAGCCAUAGAAGAGCGGUUAGGCCUCAGUGUCUUAAG